AUGCUAGCAAGGCAAGGAAACGGGGAUGUACAUGUUGUACUCAAGGGUAGGAUUAGGGUUAUAGAGGUUGCAUUGUCAAUGCAAUACCUUGAGAAAUUCUCUAAUGCAUGGUCAAUUUGUUCUGAAAUGAUAGUAUACUAUGUUUCAGAACAUAUGCGACAGAUGUUAUCUGCAAGUAGAUCAGGCAUUUUCUGGUACUCAGAAUUCUCCAUUCUUCGAAAGGACGAAGCAUGGAGAGUUAAUGUACGGAUUCAAGGUUGUGACCUCAACCAUGGCUAUCUAUGUGGCACUAUGGAAGCACUUGAUGUUCCUAUGGCAGACUCACCAGUUGUUACUUUCUGGGAAGGAGAGAUUGUUGACACAAAGAAUCAUACUUUCUUCACUGGCAAGUGGGAAGCAAAGCCUGAAGACGACAUAAGGCACUGGACCAAAUUUCCAUCUUUCUCACCCCUUCUGAGCAAAGUGGAGGUUGAUGGUGGGAGAUAUUUGGACUUAAGUAACUACCCCUGCAUAUUUAUGGUAAGAUGGAAAGAGCAAUACUUUGUGAAUGUUGGAACUGACUGUGGGUUAACCAUAGCUGGUUUCUACUAUGUUUGCUUCUCCUGUAGUGAUGGCUCCAUCAAUGGUUUCUAUUAUGAUCCCAAUAGCAGCCCAUUUCAGAAACUUGAGCUGAAGUCCACCAACGAGGGAAGAUUGGGUUUCAUUUUUUCCUCCCUAUGA